AUGUUCCUUCAAUGGUAUGUCAAGAAUUCCGAGAGGUGGGAGGUUUGCCUCGGACCAGAAGAUCGGCAGUGGAAGCGCGUAGUCAAAAGUGCUAUCACGAUCGACGAGAUUUGGAAACGAUUAGUUGUUGGAGCCGACGAGACUGUGCUAUUGAAAAAGCGCAAGUCAGAUCGUGAGAACCGGGGCAAGUGGCGGUUGGCGUUCAAGGAGAAGGACAAGACAGGGCCAGUAGCCGAUAUCUCACGGUGGAUUGCAGGGCCGAUGGCCGAGAAGUACAAACUCACUCUCGAACAGACGUUUGUGAAGCAACAGGCCACUGCGGAAGAUAUCGCGGUCUGGCUCAUCACUCUUUGGACUCGGUCAGGUGACAUCGACAUAUCUCCUGCAAAGCGGGUGGCCUUUCAUGUCUACGUGCUAUUAGCCGGGAUUACUGGCUUUCGGAACUCCUCUUUGUUCGGGCUACCAUACAGCCAGGUCCGUUUCUCUCUUGUUAGAGACCCGGACGACCGGAGGAAUUCCAGGCUCGUAGCGCAUAUUCUCAUCAUCCACAGCAAGCGAAUACAACGCAACCAAGACAACAAAAUAGAGUUCAGUAUCACGUUUGUGCCAUGUCGUGUCUUCUGUUUGCUGAGCCAACUUGUCGCUCGUGCAAUCGCGGACGAUGCCUUCGAGGCUGGGUAUUAG